AUGCCAACCUUUCAGAAGGUGCUGGAGGAGGUGGAAUUGCAGAUGGGGCGCAUUCGUGUUGCGCUGGAAGACCGCCUCCGUUCUCCGGAGCUUUCCGUGGAUGAAGCAGUCAACAGCUCCGUGACGCUGCUGGACCUUGGGGAGGAUCAGGUCAAAGUUUCUGGCGAGUAUCUCACUGGCAGGACCGGAGCUCUCCGAGGCAGCCUCCAAGCCUGUUUCGAUGCCCCCGAUGAAUCACCAGGUCCUGAGCCUGGUGAGGAGCUCACGAAGGAUCAGGAGGAGCUUUGGCGGCCCGAGAGCCUGGCUUUGCAUAGCGCCUGCAAGCGAGCGACAGAGGCCUAUGUGCCCUUGCUCUGCGACGCCGUGGAGGGUUUUCAGAAGUUGCUGGAGGUUCGAUCGGGAUCUGGAUCGGCAGUUGAUGAAAACGUUCUUCCAGAAUUCGUGAGCGCCAGAAUCGAAGACCUUUGCGACCGUAUCACGCAGCUGGUGGACAAGAAGUGUCCGCCCACACGAGUACUGGUCUCCUGCAUUCAUUCUGUUCGAGACUCCUUGAGGCGGUUGCACUCGCUGCUGCCGGCUUUGCUGACACGGCUCUUUCGGGCCUUCCUGGGUCGCACGGCCAUGGAUGCCAUGAAGGCGCUGUUCACCACUGCCUGCUCGGCGAUGCUCACGGAGAUGUGCAAGCUGCACCAGGAAUGCAAGAAGCUGGGCGAGUCCAACAGCUCUGGCUUGGAUGACGUCCUGGAAGAGAUUGCCAAGACAGAGCAGUCUGUAAUCAUGCAUGGAUUCACGGCCUUGACGGAGUGCCAGCCGCUCCAAAGCCUCCUUGGCCCUGACAAGGUUGCAGGCCAGCAGCUGAUCAGAGGUCUUCACUCUCAGUUGAUUGCCUUCUUCACCACCUUCACGGAAGUCUGUCGCACAUACGUGGGAAGCGAGCUCGGCGAGGCAGUUCUGCCCCAGCCUGUGGCCGGUGAGAUGAAGCAGGUGGCAGAUCUUGAGUGGUCUGGUCUGUUUGCUCUUGCGCUGGUGCGGGUUGGCCGGCAUCUGGAAGUGAAAGCCAUCAACAAGGUCUGGGGCGUGGCGAAGGAUCUCUUCGAAGGUGCAGAGUCUUCAGCGGGUGAACUCCAGCCGAAUGCCACAGUGUUGAAAGCAACACGGAAUGCGGCACAAGCAGUGAUCACUCAAUAUGCCACGAUGAGCGGACAGCGGCUCGCACACUUCUUUAGGAACUCCGUGCAGAGUCGGAACUGGAUGACAGUGCGUGAGCCACAAGAGCCGCGCAAGGUGGUAGAGAUGGUGCUCCGAGAGGUGCAUGCCUUCGAUGCACAGCUGGCCCGGCUUCUGGGUGAUCCCAGGAAACCCAAGACAGGUGAUCACCGAAGGAACCUGGCCCGCUUCAAGAACUCCAUGGAGUUGGAGGUUGAGCGCCUUUGGGCAAAGAAGCUCCAGGUGUUCGCACCGAUUCCCUUCAACAGGAACGGCGCCGUAGUCGGAAUCUUACGCAUAGCUUUCAAGGCCUUCUUUGAGUACGUGCGGGAAGAGACCUUUGGAAAGUAUGGCCUGCAACAAAUUCAGCUCGACUGCGCCUUUAUUGGGGAGAUGGUCAGGGACUUCGUCGAAACUGAUGAUGCCAGCGUACUGGAUAGCUUGUUGGAUGAAGUGGUCGCUUCCGCCCAGCUACGCUGCGUUGAGCCUGUUGCAAUGGAUGCGUCAGUUGUGGAAGCGAGGUGCGAAGAGCAGAAGAAGAAGUUCAGAUUUGAUUAG